UGCACGCACGCCCUGUCAACGAAUGUCUCCUGUCACCUGGAGUGUUUCCCUCAAUUAGUCAUUCUAGUUAUCACCUAUCCGCAAAUAUGUUUACGUAUCUCACUUUGUCGUGAAAUUUCCAUAGCCAAAGAGUGGUGCAUCUCUCGUGUUUAAAUAUGACCAAUAAUUGUAAGUCGCUGAGUUCAGUGGCUGAAGAUUACUUCCACAAUUUGAAUCCCCUGGCCCGGAGGAUCGCCGAUGACAUCGAGGCGACGAAGGAGGCGUACGAGGGGCUGUGGGGCACACUCAGCUUGAAGGAGAAAAAUCAGGCGAUUGAUGAGACCAUCAUUCAACCGGAAAUCGCGCUGCAGUAUGCGGUGGGGGUUGGGGAGCUGGGGAAGGACAUGCCGGAGUGGUAUCCGAGACUCAGGAUUCAGACGGGGCUGAGGCAUGUUAUUGAUGAAACUGGAUCGACUCUCCGAUGGAAAGACGAGCACUCUGGACCCUUCAGUUUCAUGACCCGCUCCCAAAUGGACCUCUCUCUCUUCGCCGCCCCCGAGAAUCCCCGUCUCAAGUCCUCCGGCAACUACAGCGACGACUCUCCCCACUUCACGAGUCCCAUUCAGCUCGAAGAAAGUAGUUUCGAGAGUUCUCUCAACGAGUACACAACAUCGUCGAACCCCACGAGUUUCUACCAGUCGGAGAGCUACUCCGACAGUGUCUUCAAGAACCCCGACCCCAGCAGAUCCGCCAGCCAACCGAACGACAAUAUCUUCACCAAGAUGAUGAGCAAAACCUCAUUUCUGAAGAUGGGAAACAGCCCUGACGACGAAAUGGAGAGCCUGGUGCCGCCGAGGAGUGCUAUGAGAGGUGCCCAAAAAACCGUCGGGGGAAACAAAGUCCAGAUGAAUAUCAAUCUAUCGUCUGGCUCGAGGCCAAAGUCUGGGGACAUUACUGAGUCCACCGCUCUCUUAGAGACUCCUAGCUCCUACAGUAGCUUCCAGUCUGCGCAGACUAAUCAGGAUGAGGGAAUUCCAAAGACUGGAUUUGAAUUCUUGGAUAAUUGGUAAAAUGAAUGAAUGUGAGGAAGCAUGUAUUAAUUUUAAAAAAUGGCGAUAGGUUGUUGGAUGAAACUAUCUGUAGGACGAUCCUAUGGAGGAUUUGAACAUAUCCUGUGAUUAUUUUGUCAGAAGCUAGGGAAUAAAAAUUUAAAAUUCCAUUGUAUUUUCAGUAAAAUUUCCCCCUGAGACGAAUUCGAUAGCGUAAAAUGCCAUUCUCCAGUAAAAUGCCAUUUACAAAUUCUCCAUAGGGUCGUUUAUAGGAAUUUCUACAGAAUUAUCCUAUAGCCAUGAUUCAUUUGUGAUCAAGUGAUUAAACAAGAUGAAUCAAUCUGACUUCCAACGGGUUUUCAAUAAAUAUGAUCUGACAAACUCGACUUUUGGUUCAACACGUUAAUAACUGAAUAUUGAGAAUACUUGAAUAUUGAGGAUUCAGUGAUCAGAUUUGAGCUAUAACACAUGAUGACGUGAAUGAGAACAUGAAUCAUCUUGUUUCAUGACUUCACCACUGAAUCCAUUUAAUUUAAAUUUUCGAGGGAUUAUCCAUGACUCCAAAGAUAUAAUAGACUGAGCCAUUACCUUAGACAUUGUAUCCAGUAAUAGCUUCGACUGAAAUAAUACUCGAUAGUAUAUUUUUUAAUUGCGAUUAUUCAUCCUCAUAUCUAAUACAAAGUACAAAAGUAUUGGAUGAAACAACUUACUCAGAUGGAAAGAAACCCAGCCAGUUUCGCAAUUCAAUUUUGAUACCCACAUUUAUACAUAAAUCAUCUCAGUACUUAAAUAAGCCAUUUUGUACUCAACAAUAUUUCAAUGAAUAAAAAUGCCGAGGUAUUUAAAUGACAA